AUGGCAGAAACCCAAACUAGAGCCAUAUCUCCCGGCCCCGAGCUCCAGCAUUCGACCGCACGGCAGUUCCGUUGGUACAAUGUGCUUAUGGUUCUGCUGAUGUCUCUGGGCUCGAUCGAAUAUGGGUAUAAUGCAUCUAUCAUUUCUACAACAUUGGCACAGCCCUCCUUCAUCUCCUAUUUUCAACUGGACAAACGAAGCGAUGCAACGCAAUUGAUCGCGACCACCAAUGGCCUCUACUACGCAGGCGGGUUCUUGGCAGUCUGGACCGUGUCCUGGAUGUCCGAUCGCUGGGGCCGCAAAUUCGCUUUUGUUGUGUCCGCUUUUGUCAAUCUGGUGUCGGCAGCUGGGCUUACUGGUAGCACACACAUUGCGACAUUCAUCGUCUUCCGGUCUAUCGCAGGUGCAGGCGCCUUCAUGAUCGUCACCGCCAUUCCCAUCUGGAUGAACGAGGUCGUUCCACCAAAGGUCCGCGGCAUUUUUGUGGAUUGCCAUAACGUCGGCUUUCUUGUUGGCUAUAACCUGGCGACAAUUCUCGGCUAUGCAUUCUAUCACCUGCCCCCAACCAAUAACUGGGGGUGGAGAGGACCGAUGAUAUUCCAGGCACUAUGGGUUGUCAUCUUGUUGCCCUGCAUCCGGUGGAUGCCAGAGUCCCCCAGGUGGCUGAUGACUCAAGACCGCACCGAGCAAGCCGAACGCGUAUUGGCCAGACUCCAUAACCCGGAAGAGGCCUGCGUGGAGGCCAUACAGAUUCGGCAAUCAAUCAGUGCUGAGCGUCACCUGGUCAGCUCGUGGUGGUCGAUGGUUUCCAAACCAAGCUACCGUAAGCGUACUAUUUUGGCAUCGGGCAUGGCUCUCUCGAUCCAUACCUCUGGCAUUCUCGUUGUCAACAACUAUGGCCCAACGAUAUAUGCAUCCUUGGGCUUCAACACCAACAAACAACUGCUCUUCCAGCUUGGAUGGUGUUUCGUCGCAUUGGGAACAGGAUUCAUGUCGUUCUUCCUCAUUGACCGAUUCCCACGGCCUAAGCUACUGGCAUUCGGUGUCGGCGGCUGCGCAUGCUGCCUCACCAUCGUGUGUGGCCUAAUUGGACGAUAUGCAUCAAAAGAGGCCUUGCAAAACCCCAACCAGCCAGCUCUGCAUGCCGUCAUCGCAAUGAUCUACCUCCUUAAUUGUUUCUACCAAUUGGGCCUCGACGGCGUGCAGUUUGCGUACUUGGGCGAAAUCUUUCCCACACAUUUGCGAGCAAAAGGGAUGGUCGUGGGCGUAGCUACGAUCUGUGCUAUAAAUAUUCUCUGGCUGCAACUGGCUCCGAUGGCCUUCAAGUCCAUCGGGUACAAGUUCUACAUGGUGUUCUUCAUUCCGGGUUACAUUUGCACGGCAAUUCUCUGGUUUCUCUAUCCCGAUACCUUAGGUAUACCUUUGGAGGAUAUUGCCAGGAUUUUCGGUGACCACGGGGAGCAAUAUGGCAAUCAUGACUCGUAUGAAGUCGAAACCAAGGAAAGGGUUGAGAUGGUCGAAGACCAAAAAGCUUGCUCUGACAAGGCGGAAGCCAAAGUGUGA